AUGGCUUUAAAUCAAAUUCCGUCUCCAAUGAGUUUGACGGAAAUCAAACCAGAAAUUCUGGUUUAUGGCCCAAAUGGUGGACAACCCUUUGUUAUUGGACUGGAUAUGAAUCCACAAAAAGCCGUUACAAAGCUAAAAGAUGAGGGACUGUUAUCUUUACCGCGAAUUGUUUUUAUAACUCAUGGCUUUUGGGGAAAUAGUAAGACUACUUGGAUGCACGAAAUGAAAGAUAAAAUGUUAGAAGAGUCGGAACAAACCAUUGCAAUUGUCGGUUGGGGAAAGGGAUCUGAAUUGGCCGCUUUUAAGUACGCACAGGCGUCUGUCAAUGUCGAACCCAUCGGCAUCUGGUUAGCCGGUUAUGUAUUAGAGAUUAAGAAAAAGAUUGGUAUGAAAAUCAAGAUUUGGGGAAUCGGUCUCGGAUUAGGUGCACAUCUAAUGGGAAUCGCUGGCAGAAACAGUAGUGUCAAGAAUUGUGCUUCUUUUGCAAGGAUUACUGCUUUAGAUCCGGCGGGUCCUGGAUUUGAAAAGAUCAACGAAAAGAAUAUGUUAAGAAAAAGCGAUUCACAAUUUGUCGACGUUAUCCAUACGGAUAGUCACCAUAAGUUUCGAUCACCAGAUUUAUUAUCAUUGAUCAAUCAUUACGGCACACUUAGACCAUUGGGCACUAUAGAUAUAUAUGUAAAUUAUGGUUACGAUCAGCCAAAUGCUGGUGACUUUACUUCAGCCGGUAAUCAUAUGCGUGCCGUAGAGCUGUUUAAUUGGAGUAUUGAAAAUCCCGGCGAAUUGAAGACUCAGUGGACACUGGAUCCACCACCAGAUGUGGACAAACCCUCUACUAAACAAAAACGUGUUGUAAUCGCUGCAGAAUUAGGUUAUUAUUGUGACAAUAGAGCGACCGGUAAUUACUAUUUAGAAACCAAUGAAAUGAUUCCUUGGAAAUAA